CUCAGUAAUGAUGGAUAUUUUAUUAAAAUUAAUUAUUGUCUCUCUCUGUGUAGUUGUAGUGAAGCCAAGUGUCAUUAUACAACGCUACGAUGAUGAUUGUGUACUAGAUCCAGAAUUAGUGGAGGAAAUAGCCUCGUACCAAAAUGUGACGAAAUAUAUCGUGAAUGAAAUUAAAGCUGGUUUGGGGCAUACGAUGUAUCAAGAGUACACUGAAUUCAUAGACAAGUUUGGAGCACGUCCGUCGGGAACAGAUGUAUUAGAAAGGUCAAUAGAUCAUAUGAUAAAUCUCACAAAAAGCAAAGGACUCGCUGACGUCACUACUGAAGAACUAGAGGUGCCGCAUUGGGUACGGAUACACGAAUCGGCAUCGAUGAUACAACCUCAUCUUAAAAACAUUGCCAUUUUGGGAUUCGGGCCCAGUGUCAGCACACCACCAGAAGGCAUUACUGCUCAAGCAAUAGUCAUAAACAGUUUUGAAGAACUAGAUAAAAUCAAUGCAAAGGACAUACAAGGUAAAAUUGUAGUAUUUGAUGCACAUUUCAUUAGUUACGGCGAUACUGUUGUUUAUAGAACGCAAGGUGCAUCGAAAGCAGCCAAGAAAGGUGCAGUUGCAACACUAGUUAGAAGUAUUACACCAUUUUCUAUAUAUUCCCCACAUACGGGAGCUCAGUAUUAUGAAGAUAAUGUAACUAAAAUUCCUACUGCUGCUAUCACUUUAGAAGAUGCUGACUUAAUGAGGAGGUUGCAAGACGAAGGUGAGAAGAUAGUUCUGCAUAUAAACAUGUCUAGUACAUUUGAUACUAAAAAGUCAAGAAACACAAUCGUUGAUCUAAAAGGGACAGUGCAUCCUGAGAAAUUGGUAAUCGUGUCAGGUCAUAUAGAUAGUUGGGAUGUAGGACAAGGUGCAAUGGAUGACGGUGGAGGCAUGAUGAUCAGCUGGUUUGUCCCAGUUGUACUAAACCUACUGAAAUUGAAACCAAAGAGAACUGUCCGUGCUAUUUUGUGGACUGCCGAGGAAGCUGGCUUAGUAGGUGCUCAAGCAUACCUGAACAAACAUAUGGAUGAUCUACAUAACAUCAACUUAAUAAUGGAAUCAGAUGAAGGGACUUUUAAGCCGUUGGGGUUAGACUUUGCUGGUUCUAAAAAAGCACGUUGUAUUGUACAAGAGGUGUUGAAACAAUUUGCACCCAUAAAUAAAAUGGAGAAUAGUGGUUACCCGGGAUCAGAUAUAGUCAUAUUUGUACGGAAGGGAGUACCGGGUGCGUCUUUACUGAACCAGAAUGAAAAGUACUACUGGUUCCAUCACAGUGAGGGUGACACUAUGAACGUGCAAAAUAUAAAUGACGUCAUCGAUUGUUCUGCUUUUUGGGCAGCAUUCUCCUAUGUAAUAGCAAACCUGUCUGUAGACAUACCUCGUACAUAAAAACAGUUAUAAUAUUGAAAGUGUUUGCUUUUAAUAUAAAGUCAUUUUUAUUAUCUACGACUCCAAAAGCAACAAAACGUUUAAAUCGUAAUGACCAGAGAUGA